AUGGAAACUUAAAUCACAUUAAAGAUAAAAACAUUAGAUAAUCAAAUCACUUCAUUAGUUGUAGAUCCAAAUAAUACAGUAUAAUAAUUGAAAUAAGUAAUUUAAACUCAACUAAACAUUCCUUUUGAUAAGUAAAGACUGAUUUACUAAGGGAGAGUUUUAGAGAACAACAAAACUUUAUAAGAUUAUAAAGUAUUUAGUAAAUGAAUUGACAUAGUUAUAAAAUGAUCAUGUUAUUUUAUUACCAGGAUAGCCAAUAUAAGAAGAUUAACUAGUCUAGAAUUAAACUCAAUAAUAAUAAUAGUAGUAAUAAACAUAAGGUGUUAAUGAAUUCCCUGAAAUAGAUAUCUUAAGUAACAUUCUAAGAACAUUAAGUAAAAGAAGUUAAUAUUUUAGGGCAACAUUAAUAUAAUCGAUAGAAUGUAAGAAGAAUGGUUCAAUAAUAGAGGAGUAAUGGUAUCAAAAUUCAAUAAUUUUUAAUUAGGUUUCAAUUUAGAUAAACAAUUGUCAUUAGAGAGUAUAAGAUAAAAUUACUAAACCCUUAAAUAGUUAUUAGAUUCUUAAGUGAAACCUGAAGAAGUAAAGCAAGAAGAUUUAUAAGGUAUAUAAUUAUAAUUAUAUUUCUAGGUGAAUAUUUAAAUCCAUUUGAUCCAAAGAAAAGGAAGUUUUAAGUUGGAUAAUGGAUUGAUGUAAAAGAUACGAUUGAUUAGUGGGUAUAAUAUAUUUUAUAAAUAUAUUUUAGCUUGAAGCAUAAGUAUAAAUAGUGGAAUAGGAUAGAGUUUUUGUUCAUUAUAAUGGUUGGGGUAAUAGAUGGGAUGAAUGGAUUGAUACUUAAUCUGCAAGAAUAGCUACUUUUCGAACUUAUACUGUAGGUAGUAUUAACUAAGAAUUUUUAUCUCCUAAUCCUGUUAGUGAUCCUGAUUGUGAAGUAGAAAAAUAAGAGAUUGAUAUGCACAAAUUCAUUUUUGAUGUUGGACAUAUGAUGAAUUAAGUUACUUAAUUAUUAAUAGAAUUUGGAAGAUUUGAAAACAACAAAAGAAUUGCUGAAAAAUAGAUAUAAUUAUAAUAACAAUACUAAUAAAUGUUAAUGAAUAAAAAUAAAGAAAUAAAUACUGAAUAGAACAUUCAAGAAAUGAUGAAAAAAGAAAAAGAACUAAAUGAAUAUGAAAUUAAAUCUAGUUUAAUUGGAUCAUAAUUAGCACCAAUAUUUGAUAGAAUGGGUAGAAUGAUGACAGAUUUGGCACCUCAUUUAGCUAUUAUGGGAUCUAAAACAUAAAGAGUCAAUAAUAAUAAUUAAUAAUAAUUGCUUUUUUAAGUUCCUGUAACUUUAACACCAAAUGAAAUGUACUAAUCAUAAUAAAAUGCUCCAACUCUUCAUAGUCGUCUAGAAAUAAUUAGCAAUAGACUUGCUAUACUAAGAAUGACUGAAUAUAUUCAAUAAGAAGAUAGUGAUGAUGAUCAUAUUAUUAUCUGA